AUUUUGAACGGUGGAGUUAAGUAGAGUAAGAUGAACUCAUAUUUCGCGUAUUUAUGGCUCAAAUUUGGGACGAUUCUGCUGCUAACUACUGCAAUCUCUUCAGCGAGCAACCAAAUGGAAACACCGCUGGUCUUCAUCAACAACACUUUCAUGGAUAACAUCAGCAUAGAAAAUCAUACAAUUCAGACUGUAAGUGUGUUGGAUCCCUGGGAGUGUUUUCGUCACUGCGCUAAACACUGUGACUGCGUUGCGUUUCAAGUAAGUGAGAAAAUAUGUGAGCUCCUGGGCACGGACAUUGAUGGAGCCAUUGGAAAUCAGGUGAAAAAACCAGGAACACGUUUCUAUCAUAUGCAGCAAAAUGGUGUGAGGGAACAUUAUAGAUGCCUUAAUGGCUGUUGUCAACCAAACCCUUGCCUUAAUGGAGGCACAUGCGUAGAGAGUUGCGAUAACAUCAGGAAGCAAUACACCUGUGCUUGUCCACGAAAUUACCAGGGAAAGAGAUGUGAGAUAUUCCAUCCAAGAGUCAAAUCGUGCCAAUCUUAUAUAGAUCUGAAGCCAGAGUCUGAGUCAGGCGUUUACAACCUAAAUGAUACGGUUCAAACUUAUUGUGAUUUUGACUCCGAAGCCGGCAAAGUCUGGACUCUCAUCCAGUCAUUCUCUCUAGAAAAUAAGGCUUUUUACAAGCGAGAACCUUUUUACUUCAACUUCCCGAGAAACGAAACAAGAUUUAACUGGAAUGAUUUUCGAGUGUCAUAUCAAGCAAUGGUCAACAUCCGGGACAACUCGACGCAUUGGCGCGUGACGUGCAAUUUCCCAUCAGGCCUCGAUUUCACCGACUACGCACGCGCGACUCUCCAAGCCACGGAUAUCCUAACAUUUGUUAAUCAGGAUCGCUGUCGGAAGUACGAGUACAUCUCGGUUCGAGGACAAAGUUGUACGGAUUGCUCGGGGAUGAUUGUGCAGCGAGAUACACAACAUAUGCAUACUGACUCGUACUGGAGCGGGAGAAACGGUUGUUUCUGGGAUCCAAGAAUUGGCUCCGUUGUGGGCGAAGAUAAUUUUGGAUUCUAUAACACUAUCAAUACUCAACACAGUUGCACUGAAAAUUCUCUUUCCACCACGCAAUGGUGGCUGGGUGCUGGGCUCUAAAUCUGAGCCCACACUCCGGUAAGCGCGAAUCGUAGUGAAGCACGUGAACACAGUACAACGGCUAGAAUUCGGGCAUGCGCA